UUCACUAAUGAAUAUUCUACCAACUUACUAAUGCACUGCCUUCUCGCCUUGAGAUCCUUAUAACAAUAAGAGUCCUGGCUUCGGUCACUAUUUAAUUAUCUUCCUUAGGUGCUCUUCUUAUUGUUGGAACGUUCUUAAUUCUUUGUUUGCGUCUACUCUUUGUUUAACACAAUAGCUUAUCAUCUAGUUGGUCACAGUUAAUUUUAAGUUGGCAGCACAUCUUCAAAUCCAAAGAUCGAUAGGUUAUUUUCCCUACUUAGUUUCUAGUCUUUUAAACUUUGUGGGAACGCUCUUAAUUCUGUAUUUUAGAUACUUAGAUUAUUUUAAACUCUGUGGGAAUGUACCUGUUUUUUUUUUGGUUUUUUUUCCCGAUAGUUUCUAUCCCUAGUGAUUAAUCCCUAGUUUCUGUAUACACAGAUAAACAAAGUGUGGUUAAAUACAGAUCGCAAUGUAGAGUUUAGAUUACUGUUUUCUUCAGUUUCAUUCAGACUAGAAGAUCUUCGUUUUGUUUGCCCGAGUUUAGUUUGAUUCAAGAUGCCAGAAUAUAGAACUUGUCCUUUUUUUCCUAACCACAAAGUUAGAGUAACAAGAUUUUGGAAUCAUUUUCACAAAUGCAAGUUCAACUACGUCGGCGUCCCCAUGAUACAGUGUCGGUACAAUUCUCACCACUUCGCCAAAAUAAAUUUAAUUGCGCUUCACGAAGCUACAUGUCCCGCCAAAACUCCUCAUUUUGUUCUACCUCCGAGAAUGCACGGUGAUCUUAGAGUCCCACCGUAUCAGCCCAAUGAGGUGCCUUCAUGGAGCGAAAAAUGGGGUGAAGAAUCUAAACCAAGUCCUAAUGAGAUUCCUGUUUUAGAGGUUUCUGAAAUCUCUAAGCGGAUAAUUAUUAAAGAUCCAAAGGCCAAAAUUAUUCGCAUUCCAUCUGAAAAACAACCUAUCUUCUGGAAAAGAAUGCAUAACUCUUACCUAUCUAAACGUUGAUCCGUCCCCAUCAUUGAAUCUGUACCGUAAUGAUGAUGUUGUUUUUUUUUGUUUUGUUUUUUUCGGGGAAAUUCUUUGGUCUCCCUUUGCUCGAUGUCGUGUCUGGACUUGUUGCUAGAGGUAUGACGUCAUAGAUUCCCGCUUUGUUAUUUGUUCAACCUUCAACUAUUAAUCGAUAUGUGUAAUAUAUAAACUUCACAUUGCUUACCCUUAUUCAGUAUUCAGAAAUUAUGGCCGGUUACUACGAAUCCAGAACUAUGCAAUUGGAAAACGAAAUAAAAGCAUUUGAACGAGUUAUUGAAAGAACACAGAAUAAGAGUGUUGCGAUGGAAAAGCAAUUAGAAAUGACUGAACAUAGACUUCGUACAGCUAACGAACUCGCAAAAUACAGAGAGACCCUUUUGGAUGAAUCUACGGCUGAAAUUUCUAGACUGAAAAAACAAAUUCCUACCGUUAUGAGAAUAACCAAAGAACUGCUGGACGUGAAAGAUAAGAAUAACCUGCUAACGGCUCAAGUGAGGUCCCUACUCGGUGAGUUACAUUCUAGUAGGAAAAACUCUAAAACUGAUGUACGGCAAAUUCGUUAUCACGUUGAUCAACUUAGAAACAUUCUCCAACCUAAGGGAUUUGAUUUCCCCGAUUGCAAAACUGGUAAUGUUUUUGUUGAUAGCGAUGUUGAUGUUGAUUGUAUUGAUGGAUCGAACGAUCCUUUCUUUCCCGCUAUGGAAGAAGAAAAGGAGGAAGAUGAUGGAUUCUUGACGCAAUGCAAAAACUUUGUUCAUGAAUUUGAUUCUGUUAUUGUUUAGAACGUGACGUUGCUGAAUGACGUCAUUAUUGAUCAUGCUUGUUCAGACAUGUCUUAACUUUUGUAUUGUUCCGAACCAAAUCGAUGAAACAUCGUUAGCGUAUAAAUGAAGAUAACGGUUCAUCUUAAUCAUUUUACUUGACUCUAACGGACCAGGCAGACACUC